CUUUUGAUGAAACCCUAAUUGCUCCAAACGUCGUCGUUUGGGUUAAUUAAGGAAUUAAAUUUGUUUAUGGCGUGCGGGUGCAGCAGAUGUGUGUUUUGAAUGGGAACAUUGAAGGAAGGGAGUUGCAGUAAUGGCUGUGUUUAAGAUGGAAAUUUACUAAAUUUCAUGUUAAGAGAAUGGAAUAAAGAAUGGAAAUAAAAGGGUUUAUGAAAAAAAGGAAAAUUAAUGAUAAAAAAGAAUUCUUGAGAGAGAAAGUUAGAGAGGGAAUCUGGAAAAAGGAACUUCGCAGCUAUCCCCGCCAGUGUAUAUGCAGAGAUUCUUUUGUGUAUCAGAUCAUUCUAUCUUUCAUACCCGCUUCACAGCAUAGCUAUCUCUUAAGCUUUGCUGGUGCUGUUCUGGACUGUGCUUUUGCUUCAAACCAUUUAUUGCGGGAGGGAAAGAGCUGUUUCAAGCAGAGGAAGUUGUGAAGUGAGUCAUGGCGGGAGGUGCAGCACCCAAAGUAGAGGAGCCACAAGCUCAUCCACCGAAGGAUCAGCUACCCAACGUUUCUUACUGUAUUACUAGUCCACCUCCAUGGCCUGAAGCUAUACUUCUUGGUUUCCAACAUUAUCUGGUGAUGUUAGGCACGACGGUUCUGAUUCCGUCUUUUCUUGUUCCUCAGAUGGGUGGUGGAUUUGAGGAGAAGGCAAAGGUUGUCCAAACCUUGCUUUUUGUUGCUGGCUUGAAUACCUUGCUACAAUCGCUCUUUGGGACUCGGUUACCAGCUGUAAUUGGAGGGUCAUACACCUUUGUACCCACCACUAUUUCGAUCAUCGUUGCUGGUCGAUUUUCUGAUACGGCUGAUCCUAUUGAUAAAUUCAAGAAGACAAUGCGGGCAAUCCAGGGUGCUCUCAUUGUUGCUUCAACCCUUCAGAUUGUCUUGGGCUUUAGUGGCCUGUGGCGUAACGUUGCAAGGUUUCUUAGUCCACUUUCAGCUGUCCCUUUGGUUUCUCUAGUUGGAUUUGGACUUUUUGAAUUGGGUUUCCCAGGGGUUGCCAAAUGUGUGGAAAUCGGACUGCCGGAGCUUAUACUUUUGGUCUUUGUUUCACAGUAUUUGCCUCAAGUGAUCAAAUCUGGAAAACACAUAUUUGAUCGUUUUGCAGUCAUUUUUUGUGUGGUGUUUGUGUGGAUUUAUGCUUUCCUACUGACAGUAGGAGGGGCAUACAAAGGUGCACCGUCUAAAACACAAUCAAGUUGCCGUACUGACCGCUCGGGGCUUAUAGAAAAUGCUCCAUGGAUAAGACUUCCAUAUCCAUUUCAAUGGGGAGCACCUUCAUUUGAUGCUGGUGAAGCCUUUGCCAUGAUGAUGGCAUCAUUUGUUGCUUUAGUAGAGUCCUCUGGUGCUUUUAUUGCUACGUCCAGAUAUGCGAGUGCCACUCAGCUGCCGCCCUCGAUUCUCAGUCGCGGUGUUGGUUGGCAGGGAGUUGGAAUUCUGCUUUCUGGGCUGUUUGGAACUGUGAACGGAUCCUCGGUAUCGGUUGAAAAUGCUGGUCUCUUGGCGUUGACCCGAGUUGGCAGUCGAAGGGUUGUGCAGAUUUCAGCCGGAUUCAUGAUAUUCUUCUCCAUUCUCGGGAAAUUUGGAGCAGUCUUUGCAUCCAUUCCAGCCCCCAUUGUUGCAGCUCUGUACUGUCUUUUCUUUGCUUACGUGGGCAUGGGAGGUUUAAGCUACCUCCAAUUCUGUAACCUCAACAGCUUCAGAACUAAGUUCAUAUUAGGAUUCUCCAUCUUCCUAGGACUCUCUGUGCCACAAUACUUCAAUGAGUACACAGCCAUUAAUGGGUUUGGUCCAGUCCACACAAAAGCAAGAUGGUUCAACGACAUGAUCAAUGUCCCGUUCUCUUCCGAGCCAUUCGUUGCUGGAAUCGUGGCAUAUUUUCUAGAUAACACAAUGCAUAAAAAGGGCGACGCCAUCAGGAAAGAUAGGGGCAAACACUGGUGGGACAAGUUCCGAUCGUUCAAGGGCGAUACGAGAAGUGAAGAGUUCUACUCUCUGCCUUUCAACUUGAACAAGUAUUUCCCAUCUGUGUGAUUUGUUGGUGUCUUCUGUCAAAUGCUGCUGCCUGCUUGCUUCAUUCAAAUGAGUCUGUGGAACAUAUUGCCAGUAUCAGCUGUAUAAGUUAGCUUCUUUUCUCUAUACGAUAACCUUUAUUUAUAACUUCAUUUAGUUGCGUCUUUUUGUACAUCGAACGAAGAGGUCGGUUUCGAAGUGUCCAUGGAAAAACAAACGACUCUUCUAUUUUUUUCCCUUUGUAGCUAUCGGAGCAUAGUUUAAUAGUAAUUGAUAUAUAUUCCUUUUCUUGAGGUC